UGUUGCUACCGAUAUUAUUCAAUUUGUUCAUUUUGCUGACUUGCUGUCACGAGACAAAGGGAAGAGAAGAAUGCUUUCGGUACGUUAACUGCAGAGCAGAGCCGCAGCCACGCAGUCAGCUGAAAAUAAUACAUACACAAUCAGAACUGCGUCGAGCUUCGUCAUUGUCACGCGCGUUUAAAACAAAAACUCGGCAGAAACAACCCUCUGCUCAACGUGCUCAGCUUGGAUUUCGUGUUUCAGCGUCUUGUAAUCUUUGCAAAAAAUGGCGUGGACCAAAUUCCAAGUGCUGCUGGCCGUCGUCAUGGUUGUCACUGGGUCAAUAAACACACUCUCAACCAAGUGGGCGGACAAAAUGACGUCGGUGGGCAGUGAUGGCGUCGACCGGCCAUUCGUGCACCCUUUCCUGCAGGCCUGCGGCAUGUUCAUGGGAGAAAUCCUCUGUCUGGUCGCCUUUAAAAUAAUCUACUGGUGCACCAUGCGCAGAGGGGACACCUCCGAGAGCGAAAUGACCAUCCUCAGGGGCAACCAGAACUUCAAUCCCUUCAUAUUCCUCCCACCAGCCAUGUGUGACAUGACAGCCACCUCCAUCAUGUACAUUGGUCUCAACCUGACUUACGCCUCAUCCUUCCAAAUGCUUAGAGGUUCUGUGAUAAUCUUCACUGGCCUCCUCUCGGUUGCAUUCUUGGAGCGCGUGUUGAAGUGGAGGGAGUGGUCCGGAAUAGGCUUCAUCAUUUCCGGAUUGGUUGUGGUUGGUCUGUCGGACUUUGUCAGUGGCGCCCACUCUGGAAACCACGGCCGAAAUGAUGUUAUUACUGGCGAUGAGCUGAUCAUCAUUGCUCAGGUCAUCACUGCCACCCAGAUGGUUUACGAGGAGAAGUUCAUUAAUAAACACAACAUUCCAGCCUUGCAGGCUGUCGGAUGGGAGGGCAUUUUUGGCUUCUCUGUCUUGGGACUGCUGCUGGUGCCCUUCUACUAUUUGAAGGUUGGCUCUCCCUUUAGCGGAAAUCCUCGUGGAGUUCUUGAGGACCCGUUUGACGGCCUCAUCCAGCUGCGGAACAAUCCCUGGCUCAUCUGCGCCUUCUUUGGAACGGUCUUCAGCAUUGCAUUCUUUAACUUUGCUGGAGUGAGCGUGACUAAGGAGCUCUCUGCCACUACCAGGAUGGUUCUCGACUCUGUCCGAACCCUGGUCAUUUGGGCUGUAACCCUUGCGCUUGGUUGGCAGCAGUUUCACUACCUACAGAUUGUUGGCUUCUCUCUGCUCAUCCUGGGCAUGUGUGUAUACAACAAAAUCACCCUGGUGCCGUGCAUCAGAAAACUAGACAGCCUGUGUCGCACCUCUGUGGACAACUCGGACACAGACGUCUUGGUCGUAAACACCCCAGCCUCCGAGGCGACAGAUACAGAAGAAGGGGAUCACUCUCAAGCUUGAGUAAGACUGACGCUGGUCUCUUAUCUUAUCAAGUAAGUCAGAAAUCAUGUAAUAAUUUGUAAGGAGAUAGACUUGACUGAAAACUAAAGAAACAUCUGUGUAAAAUGGUGCUCACUCGUCUAUAUUGACUGAUCAAAAUGGGGAUUGGGGCUUUCAGUUGAUUGUUCUCAUUUUAAAUCUAAUUAAGAGAUAUAUAGUGAGUGUAAAGAUUAAAAUGCAUUCCAUUGGUGGGAAAAAUCAAGUCGUAUCUCUUGAAGCUCCCAUGUUAGGGGAAUCAAGUCUUAGAUUCAAAAUGCCAUGAACGGAAAAUAUAACUCCAAGGGAUCGAAAGAUCUGAGGAACAGCGUUAUUAAUAAGUUGUUAAGAAGCUAGUUACAGAUAUAGAUAUUUAAGUGUAAUUAGGUUGUUAAAAUAUUUAAUAUUAUCUUACUUGUGUGUCAUUUCAAACUUUAAUGCAGGAAUUAUGGACAGUAUAUGAUAUUCAAAAAAUAUUUUUAAAUAAACGUUUCUUGUAUACCAAAACCAACAA